CUGCCGUGAUGCUGGGACUCCUCCCCGCGCUUCCCUGCCUGCUCCUCCUCUCCCUUCUGGACCCCAGCUCUGGCUCCGAUGAUGACGGUACUGAGGUGCUCACCACCAGUGGCCCCAUCCGGGGCAAGCGCCUCCCAGCCGGCUCCAGCACAGUGACGGUCUUCCUGGGCAUCCCCUAUGCCGAUCCCCCCGUGGGGGCCUUGCGCUUCCAGAAACCGCUUCCCCACCAGCCCUGGAGCCACGUCCUGGAGACCACCAGCUUCGGCAACACCUGCCACCAGCCUCCACUUCCUAGUUACCCUGAUGCCUACAUGUGGAAAUCCAAAAUACCACAGUCCGAGGACUGCCUCUUCCUCAACGUUUGGGUGCCCCAUCCCCGGCCCCGUGAGCCGGCCGCCGUUCUCGUCUGGAUCCAUGGCAUGGUUUUUGUCUCUGGUUCAGCCUCCCUCGAUGUCUAUGAUGGGCGCUUCUUAGCCGCCACUGAGAAUGUGAUCGUGGCCUCCAUGAACUACCGGCUGGGGGCGCUGGGCUUCCUGUCCCUGCCCCCGGCCGCCCCGGGGAACGCCGGCCU